AAGAUUUCUCCACACGACAAAUUUAAGAAUUUAACAAGCAAGAAAGCAAGAAGAAACUUCUGCAGAUAACCACAUACACCGUAAAGAGUGGGACAUUAUCAGAUGACUUCAAAUGAAAUUGUGAACUUGUCUUUAUAUAUCCAAUAUUUAGCAGCUUAUCAGCAUUCUUGUUAAGAAAUAUGAAUGAAAGUCCCUUAAUAAGUGAUGAUUGGGUUGCAAUCCGAGAUUUUUCCAUAUUCUCUGCAAAUAAGAAUAUCUCAUCAAGUGAUGACAUAGAAGUAACAUGGAAUGAUGAUAAACAUUUUAUAAACAUUCAUUACAAAGUAAGAGAAACUGACAAUGAAAACAAUAACAGCAACACUCACCAAGGGAAUGAUUCACUAAAAUGGAAACACAGUGUAUUAUACACAGUAGAAGCACUCAUAGGUACACACCGAUUGCUUGAGAAUUUAAUACCAGAGUUCAAUGUUAUGUUACCUGAGAUGCCAUUACAACAAAAAGGUUUUUGGGGUUAUUUACUGUCAUCUGUUGUUCCAGAAAAUUUCGAAUCUAAUUUAACAGAGUAUUUGAAGAACAUAAAAAGUAAACUUGGGGAAAAAUACUUUUUAGAACAAUACUUUGAAGUUCCAUCUGAUGAAGAUCAUUUAGAAGAUUUAAAUGAAUUAAACAGAGCAGCCCUUUUGGAAGAGCUGCAUUCUGCAAAGGAAUUGCUAGAUGAAGUACAUAUUCUUCGUCCAACAUCAAUCAACCUUCUUGAUACGUUAAGCAUCUACGCACUGGAAGAUGAAGCUCAAAUGAAAAUUGAUCUUGCUGAAGCUACUCUGUACAAUUUUGAAAGACAACCAUUUAUUGAACUUAGAGAAGUUGCAAGAGAAAAAUACAGAAAUGCACAAAAGAAGUUACAGGAACAAUGUGAUGAAGAUGAAAAAUUGAAAAUAUCACAAUCUUGUCUGAAAUGGCAAAAUGAAUUAAAGGACAACGAAAUCUGUUUAAAUGACUUACAGUUAAACUACUUUGAAAAGUGUAUGGCUAAUCUUACUCGUUCAUGCGACAUGAUGGUGGAAGAUAACGUGAAAUAUGGAGUGGAAUUUCAACAAUCAGCUGGUGCAAGAAGGUUGUCGAAGAAAAAAAUCGAACUUUACCAGCUUAAUCUCCAACUCCUUCAAUUAAGGAAGAAAAAAUUAAUUAUUAAGCGUGAAAAUGCGAAAACUGAAGUAUGCCAGCUCUGUGAUGGAGAACAUUUGGAGAAAGAGCUUCAGGCACUGGAAAGAAAAUUUUAUAAAGCCCAGAUGAAUAUAUUUGAUUUGCAAAUGAAAAUUUUGAGUGAAGAGGAAAGUUUAUAUCGUAUGCAGUUAUUGGAAUUUCUACAAGAUCAUCCAGAUAUUACCACAUAUCAUAAUGGUCUUCCUCAGAGUGAUUUAAAUGAUGAUGUAAAGAAAGAGUGUGAGAUUGAGCCAGUAAAUCGGAUAGAUGAAAUUGAAAAGGACGACGUAAAGCAAUACCAUAAAGAGCAAUAUGAUAAAGAGAAAAAAAAAGAUUAUGACGAUGAUGAUGACGAUGAGGAGAAUUUUCACGACUGUGUUGAAGAACAUGAAGUUCAAAAUAAAUAUUUAGAAGAAUCUGAUAUUAUCAAUCAAUUUGUGGCUGCACUUCCAACACAAAGCAUCGCAUAUACUAUUUCAUCAUCUCAGGAGGAGAUUGAAAGCAAUGUUGAUGAACCAGACAGUGAUAAAAGAAAUAUACCUCUGAAUGAUAUGGAAUGGAAGAGAAAACAAGAAUUAACUACAAUGUUAAAUCGUGUGUUUAGAAAGAGAGCUUGGCUACGCAAUAAGCAGAGAAAAUUUACUGGUGUAUGGAAGGAAAAAAUUAACGUAAGAAAAGAAGCAGAGGAACUUUACAAGAAACAUCAUGCUGUACACUUAAAAAGACGAGAAAGUAAAGCAGCGAUGGAGAUAAAAAAAGAAUUUCUUCAGGCUGAGAGGAGGAAAACAAUUCAGAGGUUGAAGGCGUAUCGGACUAAAAAUCCUGACGAACCGGUCCGGGUGCCUGCACGUUACGCUCUUCCUAUUAGAAGAACACGUAAUCUAAUGACCAAGGUUCCUUUUCGACCUGGUGGCCCCAGUGUUGUUUUACCUGGCUCAAAUAUGUCAUUAAGGUUUAUGUCCGAUGCCGAAGUUAAUAAACAGAAAAUAAAAGCAACCACAAGAAAUUCCGAUGAAAAGGUCAAUAACAAGAGAAAGUCGUCUCUAAAACUUGUAGCCGACGAAUCAGAUACGCCAUUAUUAUCACCGUUGCCGCCCCCAUCGAUACCAACCCCAACGAUACCACCCCCGCCUCCGCCUUUGUUACCCCCACCGCCUGUGCCUCCACUACUACCACCGCCCCCUUCACUCACAGAACACCAGUCCAAAAAUCAAACCAACAAAAAAGAAUCCGUUUUUCCGAUUCCUCCAAAGCGUGAAAAUUUAGCUCUUUCACCAAAACAGCAAAACACAACAUUAGACUUGUCGAGUAUAAUAAAUGCCAGAACGAAAUUAAAGAAAACAACACCGAACACAUCUGACAAUCGAUUGAGUGAUGUCACUGCAAACAUGUUGAUGAAUGCUUUGAAUAAAAUGAAGAAAUAUACAAGUGAUUCAACAGACGAUGAAGAUGAAGAGGAUUCUAGUUUUGAUUAAUUCAAUUAUUCACGAUUAUUUUCAAACAUAUCUGUGAACGAGUUUUGUACUGGAAAGUGUACGUUGAGAUUAUUUCACGAUUUUUUUUCAAGCAUAUCUGUGAACGAGUUUUGUACUGGAAAGUGUACGUUGAGAUUAUUUCACGAUUAUUUUCAAACAUAUCUGUGAACGAGUUUUGUACUGGAAAGUGAACCUUGAGAUUAUUUCACGAUUAUUUUCAAACAUAUCUGUGAACGAGUUUUGUACUGGAAAGUGAACCUUGAGAUUAUUUCACGAUAAUUUUCAAACAUAUCUGUAAACGAGUUUUGUAUUGGAAAGUGAACCUUGAGAUUAUUUCACGAUUAUUUUCAAACAUAUCUGUGAACAAAUUUUGUACUGGAAAGUGAACCUUGAGAUUAUUUCACGAUUAUUUUCAAACAUAUCUGUGAACGAGUUUUGUACUGGAAAGUGAACCUUGAGAUUAUAUCACGAUUAUUUUCAAACAUAUCUGUGAACGAGUUUUGUACUGGAAAGUGAACCUUGAGAUUAUUUCACGAUUAUUUUCAAACAUAUCUGUUAACGAGUUUUGUACUGGAAAGUAAACCUUGAGAUUAUUUCACGAUUAUUUUCAAACAUAUCUGUGAACGAGUUUUGUACUGGAAAGUGAACCUUGAGAUUAUUUCACGAUUAUUUUCAAACAUAUCUGUAAACGAGUUUUGUACUGGAAAGUGAACCUUGAGAUUAUUUCACGAUUAUUUUCAAACAUAUCUGUGAACGAGUUUUGUACUGGAAAGUGAACCUUGAGAUUAUUUCACGAUUAUUUUCAAACAUAUCUGUGAACGAGUUUUGUACUGGAAAGUGAGCCUUGAGAUUAUUUCACGAUUAUUUUCAAGCAUAUCUGUGAACGAGUUUUGUACUGGAAAGUGUACGUUGAGAUUAUUUCACGAUUAUUUUCAAGCAUAUCUGUGAACGAGUUUUGUACUGGAAAGUGUACGUUGAGAUUAUUUCACGAUUAUUUUCAAACAUAUCUGUGAACGAGUUUUGUACUGGAAAGUGAACCUUGAGAUUAUUUCACGAUUAUUUUCAAACAUAUCUGUGAACGAGUUUUGUACUGGAAAGUGUACGUUGAGAUUAUUUCACGAUUAUUUUCAACCAUAUCUGUGAACGAGUUUUGUACUGGAAAGUGUACGUUGAGAUUAUUUCACGAUUAUUUUCAAGCAUAUCUGUGAACGAGUUUUGUACUGGAAAGUGAACCUUGAAGCUCUCUUAGUGUUUUUUUUUUGUUUAAAUUUUUUAAUCGUUUAAAAUUAAAUUUAUCAAAUUAUUUUUUGUCAUGAAUUGCGUUAAAAUUAGCAAAUCUUAUGUAUUUUUAUAUAUUUUAUAUAUUACCCUUUUUUUUAUAUUUUAUAUUCGCCAUUUUAAAAAGGCAGUAUGACUCGGGAAUCGCUCCAAAAAUGUUUGUGAAGAACAGUCAAUGGAUUCAAAGAAAGUUUACAGAAAUAUAGAAUUACUAUGUUCAA